AUGCGUUUCACUCAGACCGUUCUCUCCGGCCUAACUUUUCUCUCGGCUGUCUCUGCUCACCCAGGCCACGACCUUACCCAAGAGAUUGCCGAACGUCGCGAGUUCCUCGGCUCCCAGAAGCGCUCCGAUCUCAGCCACUGCGCUGCUAAGUUGAAGGCUCGUGGUGUCAACAAGCGCAAUGUGGCCCGCCGCGAGGCUGCUCUGCAGAACGCUCGCGCGAAGCGUGGCUUGAAGAAGCGCGACCUCGACACCGUUAUCGCGACUGACCACAACCAAACCGCCCAGGGGUACACUUUGAACACGGACGCCGCCACGCUCUUCAGUGGCAACAGCUCUUGUGUUUUGACCCCCGAGGUCACCCAGGGCCCGUACUACGUCGGCGGCGAGUGGAUCCGCAGCAACCUCGUCGAGGACCAGGAGGGUGUCCCCACUCUGAUCGACUACCAGGUCAUUGACGUCGACACAUGUGAGCCCGUCACCGGAGUCUACCUUGAGAUGUGGCACUGCAACUCAACGGGUGUCUACUCCGGCAUCGUUGCUUCCGGCAACGGUGAGUCCUCCGAUGAGACCAACAUCAACAACACCUUCCUCCGCGGCAUCCAGAAGACCGACGCCGAUGGUGUCGCCCAAUUCGAGACUACCUUCCCUGGCCACUACACCUCCCGCGCUACCCACAUCCAUCUAAUGGUGCACACCAACGCUACGCUCUAUGUCAACGGCACGCUCGGCAACAACGUCUCCUCCAGCCACGUCGGACAGGCUUUCUUCGACCAGGACCUCAUCUCCGCUGUCGAGCUCACCGAGCCGUACAGCACGAACACCCAAGACGUUACUCUCAACGCCGACGACUCUAUCCUCAGCGAGGAGGCCGCCACUGAUGGUGUCGACCCCUUCCACGAGUACACUCUGCUCGGCGAUGUUGUCUCUGACGGUGUCUUCGCUUGGUUGGCUUUCGGUAUCAACUCUACCCAGGUUAGCUCUGUUAGCCCUGCGGCUUACUACUACAAGGAGGGGGGUGUUGCGAACGAGAACUCUGGCGGUAUGGGCGGCGGUGCUGGCGGUCCUCCCAGCGGUAGCGGUGUUCCCAGCGGCACUGCUCCGGCUGCCUCGGCCACUGCUACUGCUUAG